CAUAAACACCAACACCCCAAUUCCAUCUUCGCCGCAUCUCGUCGUUCAUUGCCAUCAUGUUCGCUGCUCGUAAGGUCACACAGUCCGUGCUCGGCGCCGCCGUGCAGCGCAGAGCUUUCUCUGCUACCGCCAGCAACCUCUCCAAGGUCGUCGUCCUCGGCGCGGCUGGCGGUAUUGGCCAGCCCCUCUCGCUCCUCUUGAAGCUCAACCCACGCGUCAGCGAGCUCGCACUCUACGAUAUCAGACUUGCACCGGGUGUCGCCGCAGAUGUCGGCCACAUCAACACCAGGAGCACUGUCACUGGAUAUGAGCCAGGCGAGGAGGGUCUUGCUGCUGCUUUGAAGGGCGCUGAGAUCGUUGUCGUCCCAGCUGGUGUCCCACGCAAGCCAGGCAUGACCCGUGAUGACCUCUUCAACACCAAUGCUUCCAUCGUUCGCGACCUCGCAAAGGCUGCUGCCAAGCACUCUCCAGACGCCAACAUGCUCAUCAUCUCCAACCCAGUGAACAGCACCGUCCCAAUCACUGCCGAGGUCUUCAAGAAGGCCGGCGUCUACAACCCAAAGAAGCUCUUCGGUGUCACCACACUUGAUGCUGUCCGUGCAUCUCGCUUCAUCUCACAAGUCAAGAACACCGACCCAGCGAAUGAGACCAUUAAUGUUGUUGGAGGACACUCUGGCGAGACCAUCGUUCCACUUCUCAGCCAGUCUGGCCACGAGCUCACGGGCAAGGAGCGCGACGAGUACAUCAAGCGUGUGCAGUUCGGUGGUGACGAGGUCGUUAAGGCCAAGGACGGUGCUGGAUCUGCUACUCUCUCUAUGGCCAUGGCUGGUGCCCGCUUCACUGAGUCCCUUCUCAAGGCCGCACAAGGCACGAAGGGCGUUAUUGAGCCAACCUUCGUCGACUCGCCUCUGUACAAGGACCAGGGCGUCACCUACUUCGCUUCGGGCGUUGAGCUUGGACGAAACGGUGUUGAGAAUAUUCACCCAGUUGGCAAGAUCACCGAUCACGAACAAGGUCUCCUUGACAAGUGCUUGAAGGAGCUCAAGGCCAACAUUGAGAAGGGUGAGAAGUGGUUUGCUGAGAACCCUUAGAUGGUGUUUACAGUGCAUUCAUCUGAGACGAGCAAGCGGAAGUAGCGGCUGGUUACGUGCUGGAUGCUGCGGAUUGUAUGUGUGGUAAGCUAUGCCAUAGCCAAAGCGCGGCGCAUCUUGCCUGGCGUACAGGUGCGAAGGCGGGCUUGAAUGCAGAGAGCUUCUGUAACAACCUGUAGAUUUACGAUUGAACAAAAGUCCGGCAUGUUUAUUAUAGGAUGCUUCAUUCG